UCAGUUUCCCUCCGCUGCUUCCCGCUCAAGCACAUCCCCGAGUCAAAAUCAAAAUCUCCCCCAAAUCUCUCUCUCUCUCUCUCUCUCUCCGAUCUCGCUUCACCUCCGUUGACACAAAUCUCUCUCCCACCCCAAUCUCCCAAACCUCAACUCUCACAUCUCAAACAACCGAAAUGAAUUACUCGAAAACAAACCGAAUACUCCUCUUAAUAGAUCUAAACCCUCUCCUCCCCCUCCAAAACCCUAACCCCUAUCUCAAUUCAAUCCUCACUUGCUCUAAAAUCCUCCUCUCCUUCCCUCCCCUCUCCGCUUCGCUCUUCGCCUUCAAAUUCUUCUUCUCCUCUCUCUCGCCUCUUCGUUCCUCCUCCGCUCUCCACUUCCUCUCCAACGCCGUCUCGUUUAAUCACCCUUCUUAUACCCUACACUCCCUCUCCACAAUUCUCGAUUCGCUAUCAUCGUCUCGGUUUGAAAAUUUGAAAGGUUCUUGUUCGCCUUCACAGGCGUCGAAUACGGCUAAAUCAUUGCUUCAGUUGUUGCACGAUUACGAUUGGGAGGCAGCGGAUAUUGAUACUGUAGAUUGUGUUUCAGGUAAUUUUUGUGAUUUUCCGGGUUUGUCGUCUAAUUUGGUUCUUCUGUUUUCGCCUGUUUGUAAAUCGAUUACUUGUUUAGCUGAAUUUGUUGGAUUGAAUAUUUCGGAUGGAGUGGAUUCUGUGUUUCAUAAACAUUUCGGUGUUGUUAAUGAUAGAUUUGUUAGUAAAGACAUUCAUGUUAGUUGGGUUGAUGUUAAGUAUGAGAAUGAGGGCAGUGAUGAUAGUGAUGAGGUGGAUGAGUUUACGACUUUGGUUGAGGAUGGGAUUAGGAGUUUGGGUUGGGGGUUUUGCUCAACGGAGACAAUUAUUUUGGGUUCUGCUCUGGUUCCCUUUGGAUUGAUUUAUCCGUAUAUUGGGGCUUCAUUUAGCAUAAAUAAUAAUAACAAUUAUAGUAAUAAUGAGUUGAUUAAGAGUAUCCGUGGAGAGCUAAGGCUUAAGGUCUCGGAUAUUAGUGGAAAGCCUUUGAGAUGUAAAUGUUGUGAGCUUGAAUUAUUGAAAGUUAGAUCAGUUGAUACAGUUGUUGCACUUCUUGAUGAGGGAUUUGACAAAGAACAACUAUUCUUUGAUCAGUUUCGUGGAGGUAUUGCAGUGCUAAAUGUUGAGACAGUUCAGAAGUAUGUUGAAAUACCAAAAAUGGGAAAACAAUCACACAAUCAAUUUCUAGUACGAUUUUUAGCGGAAGAAUCUGGGAGAAGUGGAAAGAAGUGUUUAGAUAAAUCUUUUGCCGAUAGAGUUCUCCAACAAAUUGCAGGAAGGAGUGGCGAGUCAAUUAAUUUCGAUCCCAAAUGGCAAAUAUUCUUAAGUUUUCUAUAUAGGGAAGACUGCGUUGCUUUAGUGUCGAUAUCAAAAGAUAAUGGCGAUUCAAUCAAGGGGCUCCUAAAGCCUUUUACUGUUCAUUCAGCUCUUCUCUCAUUUAUAAAUGAUAAGAUUAACAAGGUAUCAUCUGAACUUGGUAUUAAAAGUGGGGUCUCAACAUCUGAAAUUUGUUCACCACCGGUGUAUGCAAAAAGGAAGAAAAUCAAAAAGAAUGCACUGCCAGAUAUCACAUGGAGCACAUUCUGCAAAAUGGCCUAUGAGCUCUCAGAUUUGGAUCUGGCCGAGGUCUACUUUUCCAGAGAUUUUGAAAAAUCAAAGAAGAUGAAAUUUCUAAAAUGUUGGGUGCGACAAAUUCAGAAGUCUAGUUUGAGUCACCAUAUACCUCCAGAUAAAUCCUGGCCACAUCAGCACAAAAUAAAGGAGAAGGAUGAAAGAAUAAGUAAGACACAAUGCAAAAUUGAAAUUCCCAUAUCUGGUCAGUAUUCACCAGAACCACCAGAAAUGCAAGAUGGAGUUGCUUCAGCUUCUUGCUCAGAAACUGCAGAAACCUUCUUCUCUAAUCUACCUAAAAAGAUUCAGCACGGUCUUGAAGCUGAAGGGGUUGACUUGCAGAUAUUGGCCCAGAGACUUGUAAGUUCAUCUAUCCAUUGGUUACAUCAGAAACAGAAAGGCAACAGUCUGGAGAAUGAAACCGCUGAAUUGGAAAAUACCUCUGACUGGACUCUAUGUACCAAAUUGAUUGAACUUUUAACUAGGGAUCCCAAGAAAUUAAAGAGGCAGAAUGAUAAUAACACCUACUUGCAAGCAUCUGAUCGGGAUUCUACAUCAGAAAUUGUAGUUAGAGAAUAUGAAUUACAGAUUUUAAUGCGUAUGGAGAUACUGCAGUCAGAGGUGGCCAGUUCAAUUGACGGUCUUGCGAAACGAAAGCUUGUGAAACAAAUUUGCACAAUAUUAGAUAUCAUUCAGUAUCUUGUAGAAGGAGGCAUCCAUGGCCAUGUGAGCCUCUAUGAUUAUGCUGAAAGGACAAUUAAAACUAGGUAUCAACGUAAUCUAGGAGAUGUGGUAGAUAAAAUCUACACGCAAAUGGAUCUAUUGCCAUUUGGUGAAGAAGAUGACUUAAACCUUCUCCAGUUCAACAGCGAGGACAGCAAUCACUCUUGGAAGGAUAAGCAAGAGUUUUAUCAUUCACAUGAUAAAGAUUCUCAAAAAUUGAUUUCCACAGAGGACGAGUCUUCCCAACCACUUGAUAUAACUGAUGGAAGUCCCCAAGAAACAAAGAGAGAAGAACAUGCUCAAAAGUUGAGUGAAGCUCGAAAGAGGAGAGAGAGGGCCAGAAGAUUUGUAUCAUUCACAAGUUCCGCACCAGAUUUGCAGAGGGUGUGGGCCCCAAAACAGCCGAAGUCUGGGACAGUGAAAUCUCAAUCUCUCUCCUAUAAAUCCAAAGAAAGAGAAAGACAAAGGUCUACUUACACUGUAGUAUGUGAGACCCCAAUGUCCGGGAACAAACGUUCACGUUCUCAAAGAACUAGAAAAUGUGAUGGAACGCUCCAAGAUCAGGGCAACUAUUCUUCAAGUUGUGUGUCUAAAGCACUGUUUCAAGAUGGUUAGUAAAAUCAGUUGCAGUGAUAUAUUUAAAUCUACACUGAUAAGUUGCCCAAUACACCAGUGUUCGGAGCUGUCACCUAAGUUUGGUCAUUGCAUUUGACAAUCCAACCCAUCUGAUGAGUAAGUCUGUGCGUGUGUGUCCUAACUGG